AAUGAUCUAUUCCAGUUGGGUCGAGCGCAUGAGCAGAUAAUCCAGCCGCUGGAGAAGUUCCGCAAGGAGCACAUCGGCGCUGUCAAGGAGGGAAAGAAGAAAUUCGACAAGAAGACUGCCAAAUUUUGCCAGAGUCAGGAGCGGACCUUAUCGCUGUCCACCAAAAAACAAGAGAAUGUUUUCCAAGAGGCGGACGCGGCGAUGGAGAUGGCGGAGCGCGACUUCUGCCAGGCGUCGCUCGAGUACGUGUUCCAGCUGCAGGCCGUGCAGGAGCGCGAGAAGUUCGAGCUUGUGGAGACGCUGCUCGGCUUCGUGUUCGGCUGGUGGACCUUCCAUCACACCGCGCACGACGUGCACCACGACGCCGAGCCGCUUGUGCGCGAUCUGCAGCUGCGCAUCCAGCGUACGCGCAGUAAUUUCGAAGAAACAAGCAAACAGACUGAAUCGCUCAUGAAGAAAAUGAUGGAGAUGCGGCAAGUGCACAAGGAGGAGGCGAGCGAGGAGUGCGGCGGCGGCGCCUCGCGCGCCGGCUACCUGUUCCUCAUGGAGAAGAAGGCUUUCGGUACAACGUGGAGUAAACAGUAUUGCAGCUACGAGAGGAGUUCGCGAUCGCUCUCCUUGCUGCCCUACAACCAAAUCAACCCUAAAACGGCGGGCAGCGCGGAGAGCCUGUGCGUGGCGGGCGCGCGCGCGGCCGACGCGAGCGUGGAGCGGCGCUUCUGCUGGGAGGCCGUGCCCGCGGAGCGCGAGCGCGCGCCGCUCACGCUGCAGGCGCUGGGCGAGCGCGACCGCGCGGCGUGGCUGCGCGCGCUCGACUGGCUGCCGCGCGACGCCGCGCCCCCCGCCCCGCCCGCGCCGCGCGCCGCGCUCGCCGCGCCGCCCGCCGAGCCGGCCGAGCCCGCCUGGGGGCUGGACGAGGCGGGCUUCGCCUUCGUCAAGAACAUCAUCGCCACGCUCGAGGCGCGGGGCCUGGAGGAGCAGGGGCUGUACAGGGUGGCGGGCGUGUCGUCGAAGGUGUCGCGGCUGGUGGCGGCGGGGCGCGCGGGGCGGGCGGGGGCGGGGCGCGCGGGGGCGGGGGCGGGGGCGGGGGCGGGGGCCGCGCUCGCGCAGAGCGAGAGCCGCACGCUGGCGAGCGCGCUGAAGGCGUACCUGCGCGCGCUGCCCGACCCGCUGCUCACGCGCCGCCUGCACCACCAGUUCCUCGCCGCCGCCAAGCUGGAGCGGCGCGGCGAGCGCGUGUGCGCGCUGCACGCGCUCGUGCACGCGCUGCCGCCCGACAACUACGAGAUGCUGCGCAUCGUGCUCACGCAUCUCUGCAACGUGGCGACGAAGAGCUCGGCGAACCUGAUGAGCGCGUGCAACCUGUCGGUGUGCUUCGGGCCCACGCUGCUGCGCGUCGAGCGCGAGACCGUGGCCUCCAUCCUCGAGCUCAAGUUCUACAACGUGCUCGUCGAGGCGCUCAUCGACCACUGCCACGAGCUGUUCCAGCCGCACCCGCCGCAGCCGCCCCCGCCGCACCAGCCGCACGCGCCGCACUUGCAGCACGCGCCGCACCAGCCGCACCAGCAGCACCAGCACCCGCACAUGAUGCAAACAUCCCCCUCGGCGCUACCUGCCACUGCCAGAAAUGAUAUCAGCGCGCUGGAGAGAGGUGGGCUAGUGUCCUGCGGCGCAGGCGCGGGCGCAGGCGUGGGCGUGGGCGUGGGCGUGGUGGGCGCCGCCCCCGCUGCCUACGCGCCGCACCACCACCAGCUGCUGCAGCACUUCGCUCCCGCGCCGGGCUCGCUGUUGGCGCACAGAGGAGUGAGCGCGGCGCUGUGCAGCAGCAGCUCCGAGUCGGUGUCGAGCCACAGCGCGUCGCCGCCGCCGCGCGGGCCGCUGCGGGCCAACGGCGCGGGGCUCGCGGGGCUCGCGGGGCUCGCGGGCCCGCUGGGGGCCGCCGCGACGCGCGUGCGCACGCUGUACGCCUGCCUCGGCGAGAGCGAGGGCGAGCUGUCCUUCGAGCCCAACCAGAUCAUCACCAACGUGUGCCCGUCGGGCGAGCCGGGCUGGCUGCGCGGCUCGCUCAACGGCAAGAGCGGCCUCGUGCCCGAGAACUACGUAGAGCCGCUGCCGUGAGCGCCGCCCGCCCGAGCGCGCCCGCCCGCGCCCCGCGCCCUGCCUGCGCCCCGCCCGCGCCCUGUCCGCGCCUCGGCGCCCCGCCCGCGCCCCGAGCCCGAGAGACGCCGCCCGACAUUCCCACACCAAAUAUCAUAUCGUAGGCCUACUUGUUGAUAUUUUUCUACUGUUUGUAUAUUUUGUACAUUGUAAAUAAGAUUUGUUGCUAUUUUAACUAUUUAUACUUUAUUAUGUUGUGACUUUUGUACCAAAUAUACUUUGUGAAAGUUCCGACUGAGGAUUGUAUAUAAGAUAUAUCGUAAUAUAUAAAUAAAGUGUAUUCUU